CAGAACGUUGGUCGUUGACUGUUGUGUAAUUACACAAAUCACAAUAUUCAUUUACAUAUUUACAGUUCCACAAUACUGCAUUAAUGUUGUGUUUAAAUGUUCAAUUAAAAUUAAUAAAUGUUUAUACCUAUUGAGAAUUAUAAAUAUUAUUUAUUAUUAAAAUAGUGCAUUUUUAUCGUGCUGCCAUUGUUAUUCUUUAUUAUUUUAUAUGAAUUAGUAAAUUAUUAAUACAUUUUCUGCGCCACUAUUGUUUAAUUAACAAUACUAGUAUGCCUUAUAGUGUUGAUAAUCCCUUGUCGGUGAUGGCCGAUCAGUCGUGGAAUGAAGUUUGCAAAUACGCUAGAGAAGCUGCUGUAUUUUUAGAUGAAUAUGCAGCAGAGUCUUUACAUUGGCAUGGCGGCUGUGUCCUUCUAUAUAAAGCUGGGGCAAAGAGCAUUAAAGCCUUAUCCUCUUUCGAGAGUGGAAACCCGAAAGAUCGAAGGUGCUUAUUAAUUGUUGGAAAACCUGUAGAUGAGACAGUUUUAACUGUUGCUCAGGAUGUAUUAAAUAAUAGUAACUUCAAGUAUUGUCGCUUUAUUGCUGGAUGUGGUUUUGAGUCGUUUGGAAUUGAAAAUCUUGAAAAUGAACUUUGCAAAAUAAUAACUGCCAAAUAUGAUGAUGGAACAGUAGAUGUUAUGAACAUACCAAUAUCAAUAACUUGUUUGUCACCAUUAUUGUUUUUAGUACCUCAUCUACAAGACAUUCCCUUACUAAUUGAGAAUGAUUAUGGUUUUUAUGUACCGAAAAUUGCAGUAACAUUCAAUAAUAUAUUUAAUCAUUUGAACGUUAAACAUGAAGUCUAUUCUGUUGGAUCCUUAAGUGAUGCUGUAUCUCAAUAUAUUUACAAAGUUCAAUCUGUUCCAAAUACUGAGUCCAGUCGUAUGAAUAUCAUACUUAUAGACAGAAUAGUUGAUAUGUAUGCAGUAACUGAUUUUUCAUCUAGUUGUCCAUUAGAUAAAUUGAAUAUGCUAGUAAAUAGAUUUUCGGGAACUUGUUCAGAUAUUGCUGUUAAUAAUGAGCCAUUGUUACAUAAUGAAAAGUUUAAAGCAGCUAAUGAUCAAUUACAAGUACCAAUGUGUUUGGCUCCUACGUUGAAACCGACACCUGUAGUUGAAUGGUUAUUAUUGAAAAGUGAAAAAGAAAUAUUGGCUACCAUACGUAGUACUCUAACAGAAAAAAUUUCAGGGUCUGUUAGAAAAGUAGUAUCUAGAGUUACACCACAAUUAUUAGAAAGUUUGUUAACUGAUGAAAAAUUUGAUUCCAAAGAAAAUAUUGAUUUUAAACAACAAGUACUAUGUAUUUGUGCUGCUUUGAAAUCGCAAAAUCUUAGCAAAAUUGAACUUGCUCAAAACAUUGGCAAACUGUUACUUCAAAAUAUAGCAAUGGAAAAUGACACUGAUAUAUUAUUACAGGUGACUCAGUUAAUCAAAACGAGAAAAGAUAGAAAACUUUCAUUAGAAAUUAUUUUAUGUAUAUUAGUUCAAUUGUAUUCAGUCGUUAAUGAUGAUUAUGAAAUGACUGAAGAACAACAGUUACAGUUAGAAAAUACGCUUGGUGAGGCUCUAUACGAAGAUAUAGAAUCUUUACCAGAAUACAUAGUUAAAGACUUAAUUGGUCAAGUUUACACACCUUUGAUAUGUCAACAAGCAGCAGAAAAAAUAUUUUUCAAUAUAAAGCAGGUUAAAUUAUCAAGACAAACAUUUACUGAUUAUAGAAAACUAUACAUCAAAGAAAAUCCUUAUGUGCCCGCAGUUUAUAGUUCAUUUGUAAAACAGCUGAUGAACGAUGUUUGUAGUUCGAUGCGGCCAAAUCUACCAGUUUUAAAAAUAAAGUCGGAUGGAAUUACUGACCUAUUAAAAAUGAGUUUUAAUAAAAUUAUCAAUACGACCAAUAAGCAUCCUUUGGAUUGUGAUCAUUUGAUUGUAUUUUUGCUUGGGGGCAUAAGUGGACAAGAAGUUCAUUCAAUUUAUGAAGCAACUAAAAAUUGUGGAAUUCGUGUCAGCGUUGGAUCUACUAGAAUGCUAUCACCAUAUGAAGCAUUACAGUCACUGUUCAAAUAAGUUUUAUAUACUACUGUAAAAUUCACUUGUUUAUAUUUAUAACAACUUAUUUAACAAACAUCAAAUACAUAUAUACACAGACAUAA